CUGACUUACUCGUUUUCAAUUUUCAACACAAUGACUGGACGCGGAAAGGGAGGAAAGGGAUUGGGAAAAGGAGGAGCUAAACGCCAUCGCAAAGUUCUUCGCGAUAACAUCCAAGGAAUCACGAAACCAGCUAUCCGUCGUUUGGCUCGUCGUGGAGGUGUCAAACGUAUUUCUGGUUUGAUCUAUGAAGAAACUCGUGGUGUGCUCAAAGUUUUCCUUGAAAACGUUAUCCGUGAUGCAGUAACUUACACCGAGCACGCCAAGAGGAAGACAGUAACUGCAAUGGACGUCGUGUAUGCUUUGAAACGUCAAGGCCGUACUCUCUACGGAUUCGGUGGUUAAACGUUCGUCGUUUGCGUUCUUCACAUGUAACAUCGACAAAACGGCCCUUUUAAGGGCCAAAAAUAUAUCUAAACGUAGAUUAUAUUCCAGUUACACAAUCUUCAGGUACUAUAGCGUGUAAGAAUCACUGCAAUUUGAAUUAAUUUUUAUCGAAUGUUGGGACUUUUGAUGCGUUACGUUUUAAAGGAGCCGUUAUGAAGCCAUAUUGAAAAAUCGCAGAUGAAUUGAUAUUCUCCUAAGCACUAUUCAGAAUUGAUACUGUUUAUCACAUUUUGCCUAACAUAGUUGUUAGUAGCCAGUAAGCUGUUUCAGAUGAAAACAUUCAUCACAUUCGACGCACAAACGAGAUCGA